AUGGAGAUCAAAACUAUUUUGGUCAGCCUUCUCGUGACCGCACUCGGGAUUGCAGUUGCCAUUGCGGGUUUCGCUGCUGAAGCCAAGAAUCGUAAGAAUUCUCUACCCACAAUGGGUUACUAUAGCUCAGAAUGCGACGACUACUCGAGUAGUCCAGUCGUCGGUAUAGCCAUAGCAGCAAUCGUGGCUCUUGUAAUAGCGCGCACCAUCAUCACAGCAACAACUGGUGGUUGUUGUAUGUGUUGCCGUACCCCUAACAUAUCCACAUUUGCCCGAGUCUGUAUUGUUAUAUCAUGGAUUACGUCUUCUAUAGCUGUUAUCCUAUUUAUUGUGGGCGCAAAAGUAAGUGGUGAAAAAGGUGGGGAGAUAGAUGUCAAUGGUGUGUACAAUUGUUACACUCUAAGGCCCGGGGUCUUCCGCGCAGCCGGUAUUAUAGGCCUCGUGAGCGUGCUUCUUGGUCUCGUCUAUUAUUUAUUAUAUGUGUUGGCUCGAAGUCGUGCAGCUGAGAAAUCAGGGGUAGAUCUAGAACUCGAGAAACCACCUGUCACCGAUUUCAAGGAACCAACAAAUUUGUGAUGGCAUGAGCCACAGGUGCCGUUGCAAAAAAAUUGAACAACCAAUAUUGGUCACCAGCUCUUGGAACCGUGCUUUUGCUCCUGAAUCUUUUAAUUUGUCUACUUUCUUUAAUUUGGAAAAUUUAAUUCGUUAUUUGUGGAAUAAAUAACCUUGUCUUUUUUUUUUUCUACUAUGUUGUCUCUUUUUCUAAAUUUUAUUAUCUUGAUUACCAACGUCCAUUUUUUCUA